UUUUUCAUUGAAAGAUAGAGAAAGAAAUUUUGAGAGACUAUAUACAAUUUUAAGAGAGUAUGUGACGUUCUGUCUUUUUUUACCCGUUGUACCAUUUUGUCGUACUCCAUUUUUGUCUUUUUUACACGUAGUACCUUUUUGUUUCUAUACUUUGAUAGAGAAAGAAAUGUGAGAGACUAUAGAAUUUCAUGAGAUUAUUUGAUACCAUUUGUCUUUUUUUAUUCAUUGUACCAUUUUGUCGCUUCCAUUUUUGUCUUUUUUUUACCAUAGAUCCUUUUUGUCUGAACAUUAUUUCUUCAAUUUUUGGAAGAUAAAAUCGUCGAGAUUUUGUCUGAUUUUUUAAAAUUUUCUUUCUACAUUUUUUCUUUAUUCAAUUUUUAUUUUUUAGUUAGUUCUUCUAAAUACCCUUAUUGUUUCAAAAUGGGUGGAAAAGUUUCAACAAACGUUGACUCCUUCAGGGAUCCUUUGACUACUCCACAAGUUGAUCGACCUUGCACUUUUGAUCCUUUGUAUGGAUUUCCAAAGGGAAGGAAGCCUAAAGAGAUGAAAAUGACGUGGGAAGAAAUGGAAAAGUAUAAACUUCCAGUUGGGCUUCGUGAUUAUUGCGCUCAUCUCGCCGUUCCUUUUAUCGAUUGUCAACGGAAACAUAGACUGUUUGCAACUCAUUGUUGUGCUGGACUCCGCCAUGAUUGGGUUCACUGUCAAUUUAAGGAAGAAAUUGAUCGUCGAAAAGAAUAUGAACGUGAAAAGCGUCUUCUUCAACGAAAGGCUCGUAAAGAAAAACUUGCACGUGAACAGGCUCAAGCGUGA